AUGGACAGUGCGGAUGAUAUCGAUGAUAAUUUGGUGGUGAUUCCGGUCGACCCAAUACUAAGCGAUGGAAUGAAAGAAACAUGGCCAACGUCUGAAUCACCAUUCAAAUACGCUUUGGCAGAUGAUAGCAAAUGGAAAUCUUUGCUUGCGCGGAUGUGGAUUGAAGAGACUGGGGCUCUAGAGGAAGGCCGUACCAAGGCUGAAAUGGAAGCUGACCGGGCCCGAGAAGCGGCAGAAGCACAGACAAAAGGGAAGGGAAGGGGAAGGGGGAAAGCAAAGGAGAUCACAGCCCAAGCUAGCAAAAGCACAGCCACGGGUAUCAAGACUACCAGAAGUGCGGCGAAAGCCACAGUGGAAAAUACUGGUGGAAAUAAGGAUGAACCAACGCCACCAAGCGAUCUCUACGAUAUUUUCGACGACGAAGGACCUGAUUACUGGAAAAUCAAGAUCGCAAUGCUGAAGAAGAGUGGUUCGCUCGAGAUGGGGAUAAAUCACCCCCUCAACAUGGACUGGGUGUCGACACAUGAAUGGCUGUCUGAAUAUUUCGUCCGAUUGAAUCUUCAGGCCUCAUUCAUCCCACGUCGGGGAGAGACUGUUCUCUGGACUCACGAUCUCGAGGGCCCGCUUAAGUGGAACCCUGAAGUUAAAUGUUACAUGGCUCGCAAAGACAACAAAUGGAUCACCCCGCAAUGGCGUGCCGGUAUCAUUACUCAAACCCCAGAGGAAGCCACGAGCUUUCUUGACAUCAUCAAAGCGACCAAAAAAACGAGCAUAUCCGUAAGCUAUUGGGGAUUUCGAGUCGAGACUCUCCCGGAUCCUCUCAGCGAUGACAAGUCAUUGUCGCUGCAGUACAGGUAUCUCCCAUUGCAAUGCAUCAAACCCUUCAGUUCUUACGAGAAAUUCCUGUAUGGGGUCCCACGCGAGAGCCUUCAUCCUUCAAUGGAGUUCGCCAUGACUACAAUGGCCUCGUGGAGUCUUCUCUCACACACGCGCUUCACGGGGAAUUGGCCCAACGCUCGGAUCGACAGCCGAGGCAUCUUCAUCGGGCCCGAACUUCUCGCUAUCAAAGAUGCCGCGCGCCUGAAGCCUUUCGGAAUGCGACAGGAACAGAUGGAGAAUAGCGGCGCUGUUCUGCACAGCGAAUACGACCCCGUUGAUGUGAUUGUCAUUGACGAGAUUUGGCUUAAUCUUGAAGAUUGCCACGAUGACCCCAAAGAUCCUCUUCUGGCUACCAAAUGCCUCCCGCUCAUUGCAGGAAAAGUUUACACCCGCGAUCCCAACCGUCUAAGCCGCGAUAUCCCCUUCGACAAGGACCCUCUGCAGAAGAUGACCUUUGACGAGACCUCCGCCGCAUUCCGCCAGGUUGGAAUGAGCAAUUACGGCGACUGGUACCGUGUUGCCGGAGGACGCACUUGCAUCGUUUCCCCUCCGAUGAUCCUGGGCCGGUGCUACGAGCCCGAGGCCACACUUCUGCACUUCGGUAGCAAGCGUCUUGACUAUGAUCUCCACGGAACUUUAAACGGACGUCGUUACUCUAGUGAAGUGGACGUUCGCAUUCCCGCGGAAGGCGGUUGGUUCUGGGGUGAUAACCGAGCUGAGACUCUCGGCCUCGCCAGAGUAAAUGGCGUUGACGUCGGCGAUGCAGCUGAACAACGCUCAGACCCGGAGCGCUGGCAAGCUAUUCUGCGUAUCCUGCAUCUGCCAUACUCCGACGCGGAUAUCAUAAAGGCGGGUUUGCCCAGAGGAGUUGGUCGACCUUCUGCAAGGAGAAAGUCUGAGCUUAUCAAGACAAGCAAGCUUGUCAGUACCGGGCUGGGUUUUCAGUCACGUUCUGGCUCAAGUGAAGCAGUGGAAGAGGUCAUGGAUGAGGAUAUGAUGGAUUUGGACAGUGAGACGGAGCUCACGGCGCAAGAACUGACUGCGCCGGUCCUGUUCCGUGGUGGUACCGAAGAGACCGAAGGAGGAGACUUUGAUCCUCGCAAGGGCUGA